GCUCGCGUCUGCACGGCGGGCUUGUCGACGCCACCUGUCUAGAUCACAGACCGAUUCCGCGGUAGGCCCAGGCCUUCCGGCUUCCGGCCCGGAGCUUUUGUCACCGCACCUCGGCUGCCAGCUUCUCUCUGCAGCUUGGGGAUGCAGCCGCCCCCGCCGGGAGGUGCCAGCCAGUGCCCGUCAGUGCCUCAGCUGUCCCGGAAAGAGGAAUCCGACUAGUUCUUGAUUCUAGCGUGUAAAUCAAGGACUAGCUGAUGAAAGGGGCAGACUUCGGUGUUUGUUAGGGAAGAACGUUCAACAAUUGGAGUUGCCAAAAAUGGAGUGAAUAACUUCUAGUGAGCUGCCCAGUACUAGAAGCGCUCAAAUAGAGACUGGAAGAACGCCUACUGGCACGGGAUAGAGAUUGAAAUAGCAGAUGAAGAGCCUGGAUAGUAAACCCUUGAUUUCUUCUAAUCCAUAGAUCCCAUGAGUCUAUAUUCGUGGAAACGUGGCCUGCUACGAUUUCUUGGCAAAAAGUAGAUGCUCAUACAUGUUUAUUGAUUGAAGUAAAUUAAAUGCUGAUUUCUCAUUGCAGUGUGUUAUUUGAUAGAAUUCACCGCUGGGGUCAAGUAAUAAUCUUUCCCGCGGUACCUAUAGUUUGGUUGACACACAGUUCCUCAGGACUAUCUCUUUCACGUGAAGUAUGUGUGUUCCUGAAGCUCUGUCCUAUACUGCAUGGCUAAUGUAAAAGCAGCCCCAAAGAUAAUUGACACAAAAGGAGGCUUCAUUUUGGAAGAGGAAGAGGAAGAAGAACAUAAAAUUGAAAAAGUUGUUCAUCAGCCAGGACCUGUUAUGGAAUUUGAUUAUACAAUAUGUGAAGAAUGUGGGAAAGAAUUUAUGGAUUCUUAUCUUAUGAACCACUUUGAUUUGGCAACUUGCGAUAACUGCAGAGAUGCUGAUGAUAAACACAGGCUAAUAACCAAAACAGAAGCAAAACAAGAAUACCUUCUGAAAGACUGUGAUUUAGAAAAAAGAGAACCAGCUCUUAAAUUUAUUGUGAAGAAGAACCCUCAUCAUUCACAAUGGGGUGAUAUGAAACUCUACUUAAAAUUACAGAUUGUGAAGAGGUCCCUUGAAGUUUGGGGUAGUCAGGAAGCAUUAGAAGAAGCAAAGGAAGUUCGACAGGAAAACCGAGAAAAAAUGAAACAGAAGAAGUUUAAUAAAAAAGUAAAAGCUGGCUGUCAGUUCUGUAAGCACUACUCCAUUAUCUUCUGGUAUUUAACGUGCAGAGAAGUCAAUGUGGUGCCUUCUUUAAUUAUGGCUUCUUCUUGUUGAUUUACUCUCUAAAGGUUGGUGGAUAUUCUCCUGUCUUCCU